AUGCAGGCCCAGAGAACUGGUUCUACUCUAAAAGUACAUUUUCGAAACAACAAAUCAGCCUCCUCUUCGUCCCCACCCCUGCAGGGGAACCCACCCUGCCUCCCUGCCGUCCCUACCCCUGGCAGUGGCCUCCCAAACCCACCCUCCCCCACAAUCCCCAACCCUGGCGGGGGAGACAACCCAACCUCUUUGCUGUCCCCAAACCCUGGCGGUGGCACCCAGCCCGCCUCCCGGCUGUUCCCCACACCUGGCAGGGGCACCCAGCCAGCCUCCCAGCCAUCCCCACCCCUAGCAGCAGUGCCCAACUUCCUCUCCCCACAGUCCCCAAACCCUGGCGGUGGCGCCCAACCCGCCUCCCAGAUUUCCUCAACCUCUGGUAGAGUUGCCAACCCACCUCCCGGCAUCCCCAACCCCUCGCGGCGAUGCCAACCCACCUCUCCAUCAUCUCCUACCCCUGCCAGCAGCGCCCAAGCUGUCUCCCCGCCAUCCCCAAUGUGGUGGCGGCCAACACGCCUCCCAGCCAUCCUCAUCCCUGGCAGUGGCGUCCAGCCUGCCUCCCCACUGUCCCUACCCCCGGCUGCGGUGCCCAACCCUCCUCCCGGCUAUCCCCACCUCUCACAGCAGUGCCUAACCCGCCUCCCUGCCAUCCCCAGCACUGGCGGGGGCACACAACCCACCUCCCUGCCAUACCCGCCUGUGGCAGUGGCCCCGAACCCGCCUCUCCACCGUCCCCACCCCUGGCAGCAACACCCAAUUCGCCUUCCCACCGUCCCCACCCAUGGCGGCGGUGCCCAACCCACUCCCCGCCAUCCCCAAACCCAAGCGGCGGCUCCCAAACAGCCUCCUCGCCGUUCCCAACCCCUGGCGGUGGCGCCCAACCCACCACCCCACUGUCCCCAACCCAACUCUUGUAGUAGCCAUCUUGCUUGGUGGGACGUUCCCGCGUGCAGUCUGGGGGUGGCGCCCAACCCGCCUCCCUGCCGUUCCCAAAUCCAAGUGGCAGCAUCUGACCCGCCUCCCCGCCAUCCCCAACCCUUGGCAGCGCCGCCCAACCUGCCUCCCCGCCAUCCCCAAAUCCAGGUGGCGGCUCCAAACCCGCCGCCUCACCGUCCCAAACCACUGGCAGCAGUGCCCAACCCCCUUUCUGUUUGUCCCCAAACACUGGCAAAGGCACCCACCCAACCCGCCUCCCCGCCAUCCCCAACCCCUGGCAGCGGCGCCCGACGCACCUCCCCACUGUCCCAAACCCCUGGCAGCAGUGCCCAACCCCCCUCGUCGCCGUCCCCAAACACUGGCAGUGGCAUCCAAUACAACUCCCUGCCCUCCCUACCCAAAACGGCGGUGCUUAACCUGCCUCCCCCAGUCCCCAAACACUGGUGGCGGCGUCCAACCUGUGUCCUCGCAGUCCUGACCCCUGGAGAGGAAACCCAACCCACCUCCCUGCCAUCCCCAUCCAUGGCUGCUGUGCCAAAACUGCCUCCCCGCCGUACCCAGUGCCUGGCGGCGGCGCCCAAACCCGCCUCCCUGCGGUCCCCAACCACUGGUGGUGCUGCCCAACCCACCUCCCCGCUGUCCCCAACCCCAGGUAACAGCGCCAAACCUGCCCACCCUCUUCCCACCCAUAGCGGUGGUGCCCAACCUGUCUCCCGGCUGUCUCCACCCCUGGCGGCAGUGCCUAACCCGCAUCCCUGCCAUCCCAAGCCCUGGCAGGGGGCACCCAACCCACCUCUCCCACCCCUGGCGACGGCGCCAAACCUGCCUCCCCGCCGUCCCCAUCCCUGUCGGCUGUGCCCAACCCGCCUCCCUGCAGUCCCGAAACCCAGAAAACCAACCUCCUCUCCAUCCCCACCCCUGGCAGUGGCUCCCAACCUGCCUCCCCACCAUCCCCAACCCUGGCGGGGGAGACCAACCAACCUCUUUGCUGUCCCCAACCCUGAUGGCAGCGCUCAACCCACCUCGCCGCCAUCCCCAGCCCUGGCAGGGGCGCCCAACCUGCCUCUCCACCAUCCCCAAACCCAGGUGGUGGGGCCCCACCCGCCUCCCUGCUGUCCCCAACCCCUGGCAGUGGCGCCCAACCUGCCUUCCCACUGUCCACACCCCUGGUGGUGUCACCCAACUCGCCUCGCAGCCGUCCCCACUCCUGGCAUCGGCUCCCAACCUGCCUCCCCGCAGUCCCGACCCCUGGCGGGGGAACCCAACCCGCCUCUCUGCAAUCCCCACCCCUGGCCACUGUGCCAAAACCGCCUUCCCAAACCCUGGCAGCGGCGCCCAACAUGCCUCCCCGCCAUCCCCACCCCUGACGCCUACUCUCUGUCCCCUACGCUUGUUGGCGGCGUCUAA